CUCUCUUCGCCCUUUUCCCCUAACGUUUCCGCCUCACAAAAACGCAAUACACAUACUACUAUUUGAUGGUGAUGUUCCGUCCCUUUCUACUCCUCCCAAUUUGACUCUUUUUUUGGGGUCCUUAGCUUAUAUACUUUCUCACCCUUUUCCCUUUUCAAACCAAUUUCUCUGCCGAUUUUAUUGUAGAAAUCCAUGGAUGCUGAAACAUUAUCCGGAUUUUUCGAGGAAACCACGAAUUUCUCGAGCUCCGACGACAUCUUCAGCAUUCUCGAAGCAUGGGAAUACAACAAUCUGACGACAUCACCGGACACCUUCGAGUUCCAAAACUCGGCUCUUAAAAAGUCUCAACUCGCCGCCACUUCUCAGGCGUGCAAGCGGCAGAAGGUGAGCACGGUGGAGGAAGGGCAGAACAAGUCGCACAUCACCGUGGAGAGAAACCGCCGGAAGCAAAUGAACGACCAUCUCUCCGUGCUCCGCUCUCUCAUGCCUUGUUUCUAUGUUAAAAGAGGUGACCAAGCGUCGAUAAUAGGCGGAGUGGUGGAUUACAUCAACGAGCUGCAGCAGGUGCUGCAGUCCUUGGAAGCCAAGAAGCAACGGAAAGCGGCUUACAACGAAGUCCUCAGCCCCAGGCCUUCGCCUCUGAGCCCGAGGACUCCGCAGCCGAGCAGCCCCUACAAACCCUGGAUGCAUCCUCUACCAAGCCCCGUGGAUCCUUCUCCUUGCAAUUCUUCCACUUCCUCUACCAUCAACGACGCCGUCAAUGAGCUCGUCGCCACCUCCAAAUCGCCCGUAGCUCAAGUUGAGGUCAAGUUUUCCGGCCCUAAUCUGCUCCUCAAAACGAUGUCGCACCGCCUCCCCGGCCAAGUGCUCAAGAUCAUUUCUGCGCUUGAAGAACUUGCCCUUGAAAUCCUUCACGUCAGCAUCAGUACCGUUGACGAAACGAUGCUCAAUUCUUUCACCAUUAAGAUUGGGAUUCAGUGCCAAUUGAGUGCAGAAGAGUUGGCCGAUCAGAUUCAGCAGACAUUCUGCUAAUUAUUAACUAAGUGGGAGAAAGCAUUUGCAGUUGGUAAUGGGAAUAAAGCAAAUGUGGAUAAGCUUCUACACUAACCCACUGUUGCUGUAUUAAUUAAUUAAUGUAGUCGUUCAGAAUUAAUUAAGUGUAAUGUGUAGUUUAGGUUAGUUGAUUUCUUUACCUUUCUACUUUCACUCCACUAGCAAUCCCCAUGGAUCAUGUUAGAUGCCCAUUUGUUCAAUUUAAUUUAAAUUGAAAUGUAUCAAUUUAAUUUAAAUUGAAAUUUAUGAUAUUAUGGAGUGAUUAAUAUUCGAUCUUGGUUGUCAUACAUUAUACCUUUGUUUGUAUAAUUCAUCUUUUGUUA